AUGAGCUCGAUGCUCUCCACUUGCUGUGUGGUGAUUUUGUCAAUAGUGGUAAUGGUUUUGAAUAACAACAAGAGCAUAAAAAUGCGUUUGGCCAGUAAACUUCAACAUUCAUUAUCGAAACUAAACCGACAUGUUCCAAUUUCAACAGAUUUCAAGUUGGGCAAUACGGAGCAUUUUAAAACUGCGGUGGGACUAGCUGACGUUUAUGAUUCACUACUUCACUUGCAGGAAUACCGAGUUAGAGCUCUCAACCAAAAUGCAGCGCUAUACCACUUGUCCAAGACUCUCGAUCCAACACAAAUUGAGCAAUUACGAGCUUUACAGUACUACGAAAAACUCGAGCAAGUCAACGAUGCGGUUGGAGACAAUAGCAAGACAGCCCAGUUGAUCGUGGAAAACUCGCUGAACAAAUUGCUGCUCAACAAUCGUCUCGACGACGAAAAUGGUAAAGAGGCGCUCUCAGUUUUCACCGGUUUGGGCUACGAAAGAGACGGUGAGUCUGCUUUAAAGCGUAUUCCAGUACACAAGCUCACGCUGGCCCCAAACUCCAAUCAGCAGCGUGUCAACGAGGCCAUUUCGCAUAUGUGUAGAGACUGGCAUCACAGCUUCGAAGCUGAACGCAAACCGCUGGUUGAUUUUAUGGUUUCAAGAGUUAAAGGUCUUAAUCUCAAGGGUAAUACUUUGCUUGUGGUUCCCGGUUCCGGUGCUGGUCGUCUUGCCUACGAAAUCGCCCGCGCUUUCCCAAAAUGCGACGUUCACUCAGUCGAGCUAUCCACGCUGAUGUAUCUUUGCAACGAAUUUGCAUUAGACCACAGUGGAACAAUUCGUAUUGCGCCGUUUGCACAGCAUUUCUCGGGCCAGCUCACCACACGACAACAGGUCGGCGGUCUUGACAUUGAUUUGGCACAAUCUGAGAGGCCUUCAAACCUAAAGGUGCAUUUGGGAAAUUUCUGUGAAUUUCAGCCCUGUGCAAGCUACGAUAAUAUUGUGGUUCUAUCAGCGUAUUUCAUCGACACUGCAGAAGAUCUUUUCGACUACUUCGAGGCAAUUGAAGCGUUGAAAACUUCGUGUUCUAAACUUCAUUGGGUGAACAUAGGUCCUCUAAAAUACGGAACGCGGCCAAAAGUUCAAUUUACUGUCGAGGAACUCACAAAGUUGCGGAGUAUUAGAAAGUGGAAAGAUCUCUACCAUGAUGCUAAUACAGACAAGCUAUGUGGCUACCUCACCAAUAAAGACUCCCUCUACCAAGGAUUUUACGGACUAGUAAGGUUUCAUUCGCAAUACACAGGAGAAUGA